UGCUUCACAUUAAACAAUGUACUCCUAAAAAAAUGGGUUUAGAAUCUGUUUCAAGAGUCAGAACCCAUCAACCAUGUGCUGCUUGUAGGAUGCUACGCAGGAGAUGCGACAGUAGUUGCAUUCUUGCCCCAUAUUUCUCAUGCGAUGAGAUUGACAAGUUCGCCAAGGUGCACAAGGUUUUCGGUGCUAGCAAUGUAAUCAAAAUGAUUCAGAUUGUGGAGGAAAGAAACAGGGAGGAUGCUGUGAAAGCGCUGGUGUAUGAAGCAACAGCGAGGAUCAGAGACCCUGUUUAUGGCAGCACCGGAGCUAUUUGCCAACUGCAAAAGAUGGUGCAAGAACUUACGAUGCAGCUUGAAUCAACGAAAGCUCGGGUGUUGGAGUUGAAGCAGCAAAAAGAUGAGUUUUUGGGCCUUCUUGUGAAUGUUAAUUAUCUUGAUCUCCUCUCCCCCGUUAAUGGAGGCAGCUUCUCAUUAAAUUACGAUGACUCUAUGGCAUAUGAUCUAGUCAAGUUCCCUGCAGAUUGCGAUAGCUGGAUCAUUUAAGGGUUAGAAAA